GUGCUGCUGUUGUCCAUGGCCAGUUCAGAGGAUCUGUACAGACGGUGCUGUAGGCUGUAUGAUCAGACAGAACCACAGGAGAGCGCUGUGCACCCUGCCUUUCUCAUCAAGGUGAGGACGGUUACGUUGUAACUGGGUACAACCCACUAUUCACCUCAACUAUAAUAAGCACUUCAUCUUUCUCUCCUCUCCCCCUUCUUUGUCAGUUACUGUUGGGGGACGUGGGGGGGAAGUUUCAGGUUCUGGGGGGUCCGUGGUGUCCUGACACAGACGGAGAUGGUCCCAGUCUGCUGAAGGACCCUCAGGCACUGCUGAGGACCGCCCUGCACUGCAUGCUGGACUGGACCUCAGCGCCUGCUCCCAGUGGUCAGUAUACACACACAUGUUCACGGUCAGUCACACACACACACCACACAAGCACAUGUUCAUGUUCAUGCUCACACACUGAGGAUGUUAAAUUAAUCUGGCCCAGGAAGGCAUGUUUUGCACUGGGUGAAAGAUGAUUGCGUUCUUUUUGGAACCGAGCUGCCUCCUGUUCAAAGCCCAAGGUGAAGUCGGCUCAAAACAAAAGCGACGUAAUUAAGCACGUUGAGUAUUGAGUAGGAUUCUGUGUUUUCACACGCAAAAGUGGUUGAUUUUGAUUUUUAAAAAAGCUUUAUCUGCAAUCCCAAUGAAAACUAGUUUGAAAAUUUAACAGUGGUGGAAAAAGUACCCAAUUGUCAUACUUGAGUAAAAGUAAAGAUACCUUAAUAGAAAAUCACUCAAGUUAAAGUGAAUGUCACCCAGUAAAAUACUACUUGAGUAAAAGUCUAAAAGUAUUUAGUUUUAAAUAUACUUAAGUAUCAAAAGUAAAUGUAAUCGCAAAAAUAUACUUCAGUAUCAAAAUUAAAAGUACAAUACAAAUCAUUUCAAAUUCCUUAUAUUAAGCAAAUUAUUACAGAUAGCCAGGGGCACACUCCAACACUCAGACAUAAUUUACAAACGAAGCAUUUGUGUUUAGUGAGUCCGCCAGAUCAGAGGCAGUAGGGAUGACCAGGGAGGUUCUCUUAAUAAGUAUGUGAAUUAGACCACAUUUUCCUGCCCUGCUAAGCAUUCAAAAUGUAACGAGUACUUUUGGGUGUCAGUGAAAAUGUAUGGAGUAAAAAGUUGUAGUAAAAAUUUCUUUUUUAGGAAUGUAGUGAAGUAAAAGUGAAAGUUGUCAAAAAUAGUAAAGUAAAGUACAGAUACCCAAAAAAACUACAUAAGUAGUACUUUAAAGUAUUUUUACUUAAGUACUUUACACCACUGAAAUUCAAACAGAUAUUUUAUGGAAAAGAGAUGCACCAUGCUGCCUUAUUGACAACAUGACAGAACAGUGCAGAUUUCUGUUUGAUUUGAGAAGGGCACUCCUCCCUCAGCGCUUUUGCCCGUUCAUGUCACGGGCCAUAGACCGGUGCCCCGCGGCUCAGUAUAAUCAAACUCUCUCAACUCUCACAGAUAUACACACACACAUACACAGGCAGUACAAAUGCCUGUUUUGUUUUCCCCUUUUCAACGCUAUGUGGUACUCCAUUUACAAACCAGUAACAGUGAAUUGGAAUCAACAACUCCCUCUCUCUCCAUCAGGUAUAAGAUGGCGGAGCUGAGUUAUGUGUGUGAGGGGAAGGUGGAAACAUUGGUGUUUCUGUUACCUGAUGUCUGGCGGAUCGUACCUACAGAGGAGGACUGGAACACAUUCAGAACUCAACAUCAGGAUAUGUGUGUGACCAUGGGUGUGUGUGAGUUCCAUCCAUAUUUUUAUUUAUUUUACCUUUCUUUAACUGGGCAAGUCUGUUAACAAUUCAUUCUUUUUACAAUGAUGGCCUACUCCGGCCAAACCCUUCCCUAACCCGGACGACACUGGGCCAAUGGUGAGCCGCUCAAUAGGACUCCCGAUCACGGCCGGUUGUGAUACAGCCCAGGAUCGAACCCGGGUCUGUAGUGACGCCUCUAGCACUGCGAUGCAGUGCCUAAGACCGCUGCGCAUCUUGCCACUCACCACUACAUAUCAUGUAGUAGCCAUAUCUCGCUGCUGUUCUAAAGCUUUUAGUAUGUCUGGUCUCUGUGUGUUUGUGUAUCAGGAGGAGGGGGCUCCUCUCCCUGCCAACCUGUGCCUGGUUACGAAGCCUAGUCCUGGGCUAGCCCUCUGCCCCGUCCCCCUCUCCUCUCUCCUGGAGUAGCACACCUCCACAACCAAGGAGGCCUUCGAGGUAAAGUACUCCCCUAGACCACACUGAUAUGUACUGUACUCAUCUGCUUUGGACUAAGUUAAUCAUCAUGAUACAAAAUAAAUUAUUAUACCCCCCAUCUCUCGCUUGCUCUGUCUCGGUCUGUGGACUUGCUGGCAGAUUUGUUUUGUGAGAUGCUGCAGAGAGACUUUGGUCUUCUGCUCUACCACCUAUGCGCGCGCACACACACACACACACACACACACACACACACACACACACACACACACCCAUGGUACAGACACACAUACACACACAAUAAACAUGAUACAUGUAUUGUUUUCUAAACCUGCUUUAGUCCUGCUCACUUUAUCCUCUAAUCUCUUUUUCAGAAGGAUGAGUGGAUAAAGAAAGACAAAAAGCAGAGAGGGAGGGAUGACAGGAGGAGGGAAAGAUUUCAGGAAAGAGAAGAGGGAGAGCAGCGGAGGAUAGGGAGGAGGAGACUGAUGACGAUGGAGAAGAGAAACAGAGGAAGAGAGAGAGAGAGCAAGAAAGAAGUGGGUAUGAAGAUGUUAAAAGACUGGUUUAGGUAAAGUUAUAUGCCAGAAACUGUGUGUACUAAAAUUGCGUUAUUUUGUUCUUAAUUCUUUUCAGAGAUGUUGGGAGCGGAGGGGAUAACGUGUGAGAAAUCAGACUGCCUCAUAAAGCGCAAUGUAAGACCCACAUACACUACGUCAACACUAGGGUCGCUCAAGAGAGCAAGCUACUAUACUUCCUGGUUUCUCAUCUCGCUCUCGCUCUCAUUUCCACUCUGUAGGUGCUGUCGUGCAGGGUGUUGUUGCCCUGUGUGUUCUUUGACCGACAGCUCACCGGCAGCGUCAGGCGAGCAGACCUUCACAACCUCUUACUGUCACUAGGGCUGUGGCUCACACCCACCAAAGUGCAGGAGUUGUUGAAUAAGGUGUGUGUGGAGGGACAAUGUCCAUACAGGAAGGUAGCCUCUCACUGGGAGGAGCCAAAACAGCCAGAACCUGACAUCAGCAUGGAAGGCUAUGCAUUCUCUUAUCUAAAAUUCCUAUGGCCAAGCCUUCUCUGUGUCUAUGUGUUAGGUGAUUGCCUCAAGGACGUUAAGUGGACAUUCCUACGGCCCUAGAUCUAUGAGAUCAGACGUGUUUACACAAUCAAUUUAAUUAAGGAGAAAUGGCCUCACUUUUACUGUCCUGCUGGGUGAUAACAUUGUGAAUGGGCCUUACUCGCACCAUUAUACACACACACGGAGGGAAAGAGAGUGGUGGUCAAUAAAGAUAAGGAUCUGUACUUUACUCUGUUUCUACAAGAUAAAUAUAGUUAUUGAAUAGAUAAUGACAUAAUGGACAAACAGAUACUGGGUACAUCUACCUUCUUUACAUGCCACAGUUUUAUGUAGCGUAUGUUUUUGUUUGAACCUUUACACAGACACAUUCAUACAAAGACAUUUAACAUACACACACACACACACACGUUAAGUCUCUCUCUCUGUGUGUUCAAGUAACCAUGGUCUGUUACGUGGAGCUCCAGUGAAGGAGAAGUUGUGUGGCCGGAGGUCUGGAAGGUCAAGGGGGGCAACAACAAGUGUGGGGGCUGAGGUGGUGUCCUACAUCCCCAGCCUGCUACAGGCCCUGGAGGCAGCAGACGAGACAACGCAAGCCCUGAGCCUACGCAUCGCAGCCAUACAGGACACACUGGGUAAUACACACACAUGUACCUCUCUCUCUUUUCGCUCUCUCUCUCUCUCUCACUCACACAUAUUAUGUUAGACUCUAAUUAUACAUCUUGUUAAUGUCAUAGACUUAGACUGGCUAACCUUCUUUUCUCUCUCUACCACCUCCCCCUCUUUACCUUUCUUCACCCUCCCUUGCUUAUUCUCUGUCUCAGUGGAGGCUGCAGCUGUCACUAAUAUGCUACUAUGGCUCAAAUUCGCUAGCCAGGAAGGUCUUAGUUGCAGACUGGAGAAGGCGGCGCUUCGACGCUCGUCCUAUAAGAAGCUGAAGGAGGACGCUGGUCACAUGAUCGCCCUCAUCCACAAGAUACAGAAAAUGGUGGAAAAG